UUGGGGUUGUGGAGUGUAGCAUUGAACAUGGAGAUCAAUUACGCUCUGGCAUUGCUCUUAGUCCUCGUUCUCAACUUGGGUAGUUUGCUCACUUCUCUUGCUAACUCCUAUUGCCCACCACCAACAUACCCUCCAGUUCCUCACUUGCCACCCAAAUACCCUCCCCAUGUAACGCCACCCUCCCACCCUAAACCACCAAAGAAGCCACCACCAUAUGUCAAACCACCUCAUGCAAAGCCUCCUCCCUAUGUUCCCAAACCGCCCUCAAAGCCACCACAUGCAAAGCCUCCUCCUCAUGUACCAACCAAACCCCCUCAUGUUAAACCACCCAUUGUAAAACCACCUCCUUAUCCGAAACCUCCGGUUGCCAAACCACCUCCUUAUCCGAAACCUCCGGUUGCCAAACCACCUCCCCAUCCCAAACCUCCUGUUGUCAAACCACCUCCCCAUCCCAAACCUCCUGUUGUCAAACCACCUCCCUAUCCCAAACCUCCUGUUGUCAAACCACCUCCCCAUCCCAAACCUCCUGUUGUGAAACCACCUCCCUAUCCCAAACCUCCUGUUGUCAAACCACCUCCCCAUCCCAAACCUCCUGUUGUCAAACCACCUCCCUAUCCCAAACCUCCUGUUGUCAAACCACCUCCCUAUCCCAAACCUCCUGUUGUCAAACCACCUCCCCAUCCCAAACCUCCUGUUGUCAAACCACCUCCCUAUCCCAAACCUCCUGUUGUCAAGCCUCCAGUUGUCAAACCACCUCCCCAUCCCAAACCACCAGUUGUACUGCCUCCACCAUAUACCCCGAAGCCCCCAGUUGUCAUGCCUCCACCAUAUACCCCGAAGCCCCCAGUUGUCCUUCCUCCACCAUAUACCCCGAAGCCCCCAGUUGUCCUUCCUCCACCAUAUACCCCGAAGCCCCCAGUUGUCAUGCCUCCACCAUAUACCCCGAAGCCCCCAGUUGUCCUUCCUCCACCAUAUACCCCGAAGCCCCCAGUUGUACUGCCUCCACCAUCUACCCCGAAGCCCCCAGUUGUCCUUCCUCCACCAUAUACCCCGAAGCCCCCAGUUGUACUGCCUCCACCAUCUACCCCGAAGCCCCCAGUUGUACUGCCUCCACCAUAUACCCCCAAGCCCCCAGUUGUACUGCCUCCACCUUCACCACCUGUUGUAGUGCCAAGCCCACCAUCAACACCAACGCCAACCCCAGUUGUCCCAGUGAAGCCUCCUCCACCCACUGAAACACCAUGCCCUCCUCCACCGCCAAAGGUAGUACCACCCCCAAAGUCGCCACCGAAGGACACGUGCCCCAUCGACACCUUAAAGUUGGGAGCUUGUGUAGAUGUGCUGGGUGGACUUAUCCACAUUGGAAUUGGGAGCAGUGCCAAAGAUGCAUGUUGUCCGGUGCUUCAGGGACUGGUGGACUUGGACGCUGCUAUUUGCCUUUGCACCACGAUCAAGGCUAAGCUUCUCAAUAUCAACCUCAUCAUCCCCAUUGCUCUUCAGGUGCUCAUUGAUUGUGGGAAGACACCUCCCUCUGGUUUCCAGUGUCCUGCAUAGAUGAUCAUCAUGUCAUAUUCCUAAAUCACAGUUAGUGGUUGUUAAUCAUGUCCUUCGUUCUGCAAUAUGUGGCGCCACCUAGCUAAUAAUAUAGCAUGUCAAUGCUUGGAAGUAAAAACUGCUUCUUAAGGAUGAAUAUCUGUAAUUUGGUUUUGUUUUGUUUUGUUUAUUUGAAGAGUGUAUCAGGUCGAUCGAAACACCGUGGUAAUUAAUUAAGUCAUGUUAAUUUGGUGAA